AUGCCCCGCCCUUUUGUUGCGCACAACGUUGGUCGUUCUCGCUACGAGUACGCAGCUGCCUCUACACCAAGACUCGACAAAUCAAUCGCCGGAGAUUCCAAGUGUGACGAAAGUUCCGGUACUUUGGAGGCACAACACAGCGAGUUGGCAUCGCGGUGCCAUGAUUCGCCACCACGAUACCAUAGCGCAGGAGCAAGCCAUCACAACUCUGAAGCUGGAUCCCACGAGAUAGAGGCAAGCCUCUUCAUACAUCCUAUUCUGCUUAACCUUCUCACUUCCCAUCAGGACCUUCUCCGCGCCAUUCUCUCUGGUUCUACCGUGAACUCUGGGAAUAUGCAUGGAUCUGUCAAAAUAGUGAUCAAUGGGCCUGUCUACAUUGGGCUCCGUGGGCCUGUCGACAACGAGCUUUGUGGGCGUACUGAUAUCGAGAUUCGUGGGCCUAUCGAAAUCGAACGUCCCAAUUUCAACCGAGGCGAAUCGAUCAGCACCCCAUGUUUCCGGGAUGACAGGUUUGACUUCGUCGACACGAGAGAAACGAUAAGCGCCCCACCUUUCUUGACGCGUGGCAGAUGCCAGGCCAUCACGUUGAAAGGCUCUCAGUGCAAGCGAAACGGAAAGCCCAAUUUCUGUUACCAGCACGUCAACAAAUUGAUCGCGGUUCCUGGUUUUAACACUCGGACAAGCAAAGCUUCGCAAUACGUCAACUUCGAAGACUGGAUUCCUUCCUACCUACACCCGAAGACGCAGGCACGACUGCGGGUGGAAAUGGAGAAGACAGGUUCUCCGUCGGACGUCGCUGGCUAUAUUUAUGUUUUCGAGAUCAAAGAUUUGGCAGAACCGGACAUCAUCAAGUUAAAGGUCGGCUAUACCAAGAACCUGGAAAGGAGAUUGUCCCAGUGGAAUCGCCAGUGUGGUUCGCAACAACACGUUCUGCGUGGCUAUUACCCGGAGCCUGAGGCCGGGGACGCAACUCUCUUGCCGGGGAUGCUAAGGCCAGGUGUAUUAGAGAGCCUGGUACACAUCGAGCUUGAGGACUUGGCGUCCACCUUCUCUUAUCUUACUCCCGGGUGGCAAGCGAUGCCUGCGCCUGAUGUCCAGAAGAACACCUCGCCAAGGAUGCACGCUCUCGUCAACGCCCAAAUGCGCCGUCCGGUGCUAUUCCCGAAUGGCGACCAAUCCGCCAGCGCCAGUGUCAGGGUUGCGGUGCGAUGCACAAGGAAAUCUGGCGCUGGACGCAUGGGCCGAACAAGGGUUGCGAGUGGGAGGGUCUUGUCAGGCCUAUAA